AUGGAGUUUGCCACACAGCUGGAGGGGGAAGGCAUGUCCGGAAGCCUGGUCAAGAUUUCGGAGCAAGGGGAGCAUGUCUACGCUACGUCCUUUUCCCCGGAUGGGAAGUUUCUAGCAGCUGUCCUUGGUGAUAGUACGCUGGUCAUAUUGGACUCCAGUACACUGCAUGUACAGAAACGGGCCACAAUGGGCAAGUCGUACGAAGAUUUGCCCAGCACGGGCGUUCGUUGGCUCACGCAGAAGGAGGUUGAUCAGUACAUCUUGGUUUCCGUGUCAUGCGCAGGAGGUGUCUUUCUUUGGACGUGGGACGGACAAAAUCUUUAUCGUACCGCAAAGAUGCACGAGGAGGGCAAUGAAAUUAUCUGCCUCGAGGUAUGUUUGGAUACCGAUGAGUUUCUCACAGCAGGUAGUGAUCACAUCUUGCGUUACUAUGAAGCAGACGGCACGUUGAAAGGGAUCUUGUGCAAGGGAUUUGACGAAGACGGCUACUCGCGUACGACACAUACGAACCGUAUUUUUUCAGUUCGGUUUACCUCCCCCACAAUGGCUGUUAGUGGCGGAUGGGGAAGUCCGAUUCAGAUCUGGGAUAUGCGUAGCAUGGAGUCCAGGAAACAGAUCGUAGGUACACAGGUUGGCGCCGACGGUAUUGAACCCAUUCCCAAUACGACCUGCAUUAUCGUGACCUCAAAAAGAUCGGUGCAACAACUCCAGGUAUUUGAUUGUGUCUCGGGGGACGAGCUUGAGGAGGCCUCCGCUCGGUUAUCCGCCGAAGUAGAAGGCACAAUUACCCUGCUUUCACGGUACUGCAAAAAGACGGAUCUUCUUUGGAUUCUAACAGCACAAAAUCAUAAAGUUCUCGUCAUGUCAUAUUCUACGGGAAAACUUUUGGCUUCAUGUGAAUUGCCGAUAAGUCCCAUGAAUUUGCAGCUUUCUGAUCACUUUCCUUAUCAGGCGAUUAUUUCAUGUGCAGGCGGAAAACUAUUCCACGCCACUGUGAAGACGUAG